CAGUUUGCAAUGCCGUGUUGUGUUGAUACGAUUGUGAAAAUUAUUCAAGUUCGACAAACUGAUAAAGAUGAAUCAAAUCUGACUAUCGUGUGGGGAUUAGGCGUGUAUCCUGUUGAAAGUGAAGACUGUGAAAUAGAGAUUGUUCUUUUCGUUCCAGUAAACGAAGAUGAGAGAGAUCCUAAUAUUCAGUCAGUAUUCGUAAAAGGCGAAUAUUAUAGCAUCUGUGGAAAAGUUGUACCUGGAACUUAUAAUUGUAGAUUAAGAUUAAAAAUGACGGCUGUAUCGUCAACUCAUCUUACAAUCAGGAGAGAUCUUGGUUCAAACAGAUGUCCGUUAAAAGCUUUGUUAGUAGGUGUUGUUCAAGAUAUUCCGGAAGAGGUUAAUGAUAAGAGUGCAAUGUUGAAAUUGUUAGUGAAUGAUUAUGCUGCAUCUAAAGCAUCUUCAACUGAAGCAGAUAAAUAUUCGGUGGAUUUAACUAUUGAUGAUUCUCGUUCUUUAAAACGUGUAAGAUCUGAUAUUGUUGAAGGUGAGGACAGUUGUAUGGAGGAUGAAGAGGAUCUUGUUAGAAAUGUUGGUCUUGAUUAUAAUUAUCAUGAUCAAAUAGUCAAACAUAAUAAGGAACAUGCAGGUAAUAGUGAUGAGCGUGAAGUCAAUGUUGUGAAUGAAGAUAAAGUAAUUAUGCAUAAUUAUAGAAAGGGAAAUAAGGGCAAAGAGAGGGUAACACAACCUAUAGUGCAUAAUACGAGAAGUCAAGCUGGGAUGUCUAAGGAUGUGAAUAAGAAAGAUUAA